AAGACAGCUGACAGCUCCACAGCAGGGCAGCAUCCCCAGAGCGCAGCAGGGCGGGGGUUAGGGGGAGCAGUCGGUAGCAGCACCUGCCCCUCGUACAGCAGGAGCUAGAAGUGCCAGCCUCUCUGCACAGAGCAGCAGCGUUCAGCCUGGGCCAGACGUGCUGCGGGGAGGUGAUGGCUGCCCGGUGCCCUCGUCUCCUGCUCCUCACCGGCCUGCUGGCCCUGUCAGCGCCAGUUCUCACCCUGGAAAUACACAAUCUGAACAUCUUAAAGGGACCCACCCAUGCAAUCAGGAACAUCCACCCAAAGCACCUGAAGGCAGAUCAGGGGAAAGGGAGCCUCCGGCGCAGCAGAGCCAGUGACAUGCGGAUAGCCCAGGUCUGGCCCAAGGACUGCAGCGAGAUAACCUGGAACAGGGUCAGUGGCGUCUUCGUCAUCCAGCCCACAGGACUCCAUCAAUUCGAGGUCUACUGUGAGCUGAACAGCACCAGCGAGGGCUGGACGGUCCUCCAGCGGAACCGGCACGACACACAGAUCACCUGGGCUGAGUCCUGGAGCACCUACAAGUACGGCUUUGGCAACGUGCACGAUGACUACUGGCUGGGGACGGAGUACAUCUAUCGGAUCGCCAAGCAGAAAGUCUACCAGGUCAGGUUUGUCAUCCACGAUUCAUCCGGCACCAUGAAAUACGCAGACUACAACCUCUUCGGUCUGGAAGACGAGUCCAAAGGCUACAGGCUGAGGCUGGGCUCUUACACUGGGACUGCAGGGGACGCCAUGGCCCCAAACAAUCCUAGCACCGUGCAUGACAACAUGAAGUUCUCCACAAAAGACCUGGAUCAGGACACUUCCAGUGGGAACUGUGCGUCUAGCUCUGGUGGGGGCUGGUGGUACUCGGCUUGUCAUUCUGUUCGACUGAAUGUCAAAGGGAGCAUCACUUGGGGUAGUUUCUGUAGUGGGAACUGCCAGGCCUCUGCCAUCCUCAUCAAACCAGCAUCCUACUGUUAGUCACCCCUUCCCCACCCUCCUGUCUGCAGUGAGACCAACCCCUGCUCCAUGAAGGGAGGGAAAAGGGUCAGAGUGUGUCAUGGCCAAACCUCCCGCCCGCCCUCACAGGCCUUGCUGGGGGAAGUAUCAGGGUUACCCAGGAAACAGGGCCACUUUCCUUCUCCUCUCCCUCCCUGCAGACUUUCUGAGCUUUUCUCCACUGGUCCUUUCUGCGCUGGGCUGACUCCCGCGCACCAGCAUUCGGCUGGAGUGACUCUUCCGCGUCAUUUUAGCUCGGCGAUGCAAUGAGCAGGCCUAGAGGUCACUGGAAAGGUGAAAUCCCAAGCAUGGCGGGAGCUUCUCAAACACCCUCUGCAUGGCCCUGCCUGGGGAUCCAGGCUUUGGAAUAAACACACACUUCUAAGCA